UUUGAUGAGAGAUCUCUGAGAAAACGCACUUUUAGGGCCCGAAUUUGAAACCCUAGUUCGAGAUUAUUUGGGGGUUUUGGAGUUUUCGGUUUCACAAGUACUCUUGCAUCUUGAAACAAAGGGAAUGGCUAAGACAAAGGAACAAGCAGGAUCAAGUUCGUCUUCAUCAAAAGGCAAAGGCAAACAAAAGGAGCAACCACCAAGAAAAAGGCAAUAUAUGGGUAGGGUUAGUGAAAGCGAAAGUGAAGGCGAAGAAGAGAUGGAGUUAGACCCGAGUGAAAAGCCGGUAUGGAAUUCGGGGUAUUUGGAUGAUCAACCCGAGGUUUGGCAGCCAACACUUUACAAUGAUUGCAUGAAUAAAUUGAAAAACAAGGCAGCCGCUUUUAUUUGUGAGAAAGAAGUUGAUGAGCCCCAAUUUGGCCAGUUUGGGGUGUUUGCUAAAUUUCGCGCUCUAGGUUGGGAAGGGGCGCUUAAAUGCUUCGACAAAGACAAGAGUAACCUGUUCAUGACGGAGAUACAAGAGUGGAUGGCAACGCUAAAAUGUUACAACUUUAACAAGCCAUCACAGAUGAAGUUGAUCGGAGAGGUACAUGGGGUACCGGUGGAGAUGUCGUAUGAUACACUGAAGAGGCUUGGAAAGUAUGACAGUCUCCCAUCUCGAGAGUACAUGGUUCCCACACUUGAUGACCUAUUGCUUAAACCGGAAAAGCAUGUUAGGUGGAACGACAUGUUGGCAGCAUUGUUUUUACCCGGUAGAUACAGUGGUAUUCUAUACCGGAAGAACUUGAAGAUAGAAGCUAAAUUGCUGCAUACAAUCUGCCUUCUCAAUGUCAUUCCAAGAAGGGGAGACAAAGAACAGGUGAGGUACCUGGAGAUACCCGUUCUUUAUUCGUUGAUGCAUGGGUCCCCACGUUUCCCGAUACGUUACCUUAUCAUGCACCACUUAUGGAUCUGCCGGAAUAAGUAUGGAAGAGACAUCGUCCCGUAUUGUCGAAUAAUUACGGGAUUGAUGAAACAACAGAAAGCGAUAACAUCCGAAGACCGAGGUUUGACAAAAAGGCACCAGCCUUUUACAUUCGAUAGGUUGGGGAAUGUUUGGACGUAUACUCAGUCGGAACGUUAUCAUAAGUUGAAAUCGAAAGGUCAAAGGUGGAGGGCAUUAAAAUUGGGUGCAAGAGAGUUGUUACCGGGAGAGCCGGAUGAGCCGGAAAGUGAUGAAGAAGUGGUUCCGAGUGGGGACGAGGAUUAUGCGGACGAGCCGCAUGGUGGUGCAAAUGUUGGUCUUGGGGGUUUUGGUGGAGGUCAUGGUGGUAUGUUCUACGACUAUGCGCAGCAAUCUUAUGAGCCGGGGUGGGCUUAUAGUGGUUCAAUGCAAGAGGUGAUCGAAAGUCAACGUCCUCCGGCGUCUAUUUUUGAUACAUGGUCGGGGUCGGAGAGGUCGCUAUUUGAUCAGAACACGCGGAAUAGCGCCAGUGCAUUUCGGGGGCUAAAAGAUGGAUUAAAUGCAGCUUUGGAGGCUUUGGUGAUGAACGGGUCGAGCGUGGAACAAGAGACGAAAGAAAGAAGAACAUUCAGGUCAUCACCGUAA